AUGAUGGCUUGCUCUCCUGAUACAAUCUUCGUGGAUGAGUGGAACUUGAAUAAGAAUCUGCUCCUAGAGACCAGGGAUACGGCUCAGUGCCUCCGCAAGCGCCCCAGAGCGCGCCGCCAAGAUGCCCAAAGGAAGGUCAGCUCCGCUGAAGGGGCGGGGAAGGAGGAGCCCAAGAGGAGAUCGGCGAGAUUGUCGGCUAAACCUGUUCUAGCUAAAGUGGAAAGGAAGCCAAAAAAGGCAAUGGGAAAGGAUAAAUCUUUGGACAAAAAAGUGCAAGCAAAAGGGAAAAGGGGAGCCAAGGGAAAACAGGCUGAAGAGGCUGAUCAAGAAACCAAAGAAGAUGUACCUGCGGAAAAUGCAGAAACUAAAAAUGAGGAGAGUGCAGCUUCUGAUGAAGCAGAAGAGAAAGAAGCCGAGUCUGAUCAAUCACACACCAUGUCUUAUCAGUGCUCCCUGUCUCCCUUCUUGUACAAUCCAGAAGAAUAUUUUUAUCAACUAUUUUGUAAAUGCAAGUUUUUUAGCAGGUCCAUGCCGCAGUGCAGAAUGUGGCUCCACCAAUUAGUAUCGCAUCACCCUAUUUCUCAUGGAGAUCAGAUGUACAUUUGUGGUGGCUCUGCCUUGUUACCAUUUGCUGACUGCUUCGAACUGGAAAAUGACCUAAUGUGUUUUUGGCCAAGGGAAACAUCAUGGAGUCGAAGUUGA